CCAUGUUCGCAUGUCGCUGGCAGAACGUGAGAGGGAGAGAGAGCGCAACGUCCUUUUCCUGAAAUUUUUGGUGCGAAGCGGCAAAUGCGAAAUUGGGGAUCCUUUUCAGUUUUCCCUCUCUUUUCAAAAUCUCUCUCCUCUUCAAAAUUCUUUCGUUUGAAUACUUUUUAUCUUUCCCUCUUCUCCUUCCCCCCCUGUUUACUUCAGUUUCCCCCAAUUUCUAAAAUCCCAAACCCUUCCAAAUUCCUAACUUAAACCUUUUAGCCCUAAUUCCCGCCUCUUUUCGCCAUUGCCCACCGAUCCCGCCUCCAUCACAAGUCCUGAUUUCGUUUUGGAGAUCCCCCUAGCUGAGAUGUUACAAGCUAGGUAUUCAGAUUCUGUUCUUGGCGGAAUACCCCCCGGCGGCCCUGCAACGAUUUCGGAGGGAGCUAUUACUGGGUCUUCACCGUCUUCGCAUUCUUCAAGUCUUGAUGACCGUUCUUUGGUUCCAUAUGUAUCAAAUCAAAUGGGAUUUUCAGCGUCUUUAUCCAAUGAAGCCCCAGGGGAGCGGAUUAAUACGUCUUUACCGUCCAAUAUAAGUAUGUCUCAUCCCUAUUUAGGUUCCAAAACCCUAGAUGAAUGUUCACCUUCUGCGUCGAUAGAAAUCUCAGCGCCUUUGGUGCCUCAGUCAUCAACUCCUGACGAGUCGUCACUGGCCAUGGCAACGGCUGCCGACAACAAUUAUUACCUCGCACUCCGUGAUUCCAGUAGAGAAGAUCGAGAUGAUGGUCCAGAGCCAAUUCGAUCGGUAAACGAUUUAUCAUAUUAUCCGGCUGUAUCAUCUCCCAAGCAGUGGCCUUCGUGGCCCUCAUCUUCACAGUUGCCCCCUAAAGAAGCUUGGAAUUCCGAGCUUUCUUCCGAUGAAAUCUUGGUUCCAUCUGGAGAUACUGGCACGCCUUUGAACAAUGGGUUUACUGCUUCGGGAAUUGUACCCUUCACGGUGGGUUCUGGGCUUGAAAAUCUUGGCAACACUUGCUUUUUCAAUGUUAUCUUGCAAUGCCUCACACAUACUGUGCCACUAAUUUGGGGUCUUUGGACUUGCAGUCAUGCUGCACCUUGUGAAAGUGCUAAUGGUGGAUUCUGUGUUGUCUGCGUUCUUCGUGAUCACAUCGGACUUUCGUUGAAGUCUUCUGGAAGAAUUCUCUCACCUUUGAAACUUGUUGACAAUUUGAAUUACUUUUCUUCUUUUUUUACAAGAUACCAGCAGGAGGAUGCCCAUGAAUUCCUGCAGUGCUUCUUAGAUAAACUGGAAAUAUGCUUUCUAGAUUUAAAGAGAAAUAGCAAGAGUUGUGAACAAGUUGACAAUCUAGUGGAGAAAAUAUUUGGAGGUCGCCUCAUGAGCAAACUCCAAUGUUGUAACUGUGGUCACUGUUCAGACACUUAUGAGCCUCUCAUCGACUUCAGCUUGGAGAUAGAAAAUGUGGACAGCCUUCCAAGUGCUUUAGCGUCUUUCACUAAGGUAGAAAAGAUAGAUGCUAAGUUUAUAUGUGAUAGCUGCAAGGAAGAAGUAUCCAUGGAGAAGAGGCUUAUUUUGGAUCAGACACCUUCAGUUGCAACAUUUCAUUUAAAGAGAUUUAAGACAGAUGGGAUACAUGUUGAAAAGAUUGAUAAUCAUGUGGAUUUCCCUCUAGAAUUGGACUUGCAGCCUUAUACUAAUUGUAACCAGAGCAAUAAUGAAGCACUGAAAUAUGACCUAUAUGCCAUUGUUGUGCAUGUUGGGUUUUCAUCUACGUCUGGUCAUUACUUUUGCUUUGUCCGCACUGCACCUGGCAUGUGGUAUAGGUUGGAUGACUCUAAGGUUAACAGAGUUGCAGAAGGUUUUGUGCUGUCUCAGGAAGCAUACAUAUUACUCUAUGCACGACGGGGUACACCAUGGUUAUCUACUAUAAUGGAUGCUUCAAGCCCCUGCUGGGCCCCAAGUGUUCUGAAUACUUCUCCAAAGUCAGUUUUAGACAAUGUUGAUGGCUUGUAUCGCCCUGAUCCUAAUGAAGCAGAUUUUGCUAGUGGUGGUGCAAAUGAAUCCAAAGGAGAUUCCCAGCAGAUGCCUGUUUAUUCUAGUGGAGGAUUUAAUGAAAUCCUCAAUGGUUAUAUGGAUUCUUAUCUUGAAGAUGGACAAGUUCACUUUGAGUCAAAUCCAGCUACUAUUAGUUCUAAUGGCUCUAAAGAAGAAACCGCUCAUGUACAAGUGCCAUGCAAUGAGAGAAAUGGUACCCUGCCCUCACUUGACGAAAAAGGUCAUCAGGCUACUGUUGAUAUUAAAGAGAACGUUUUUCAUCCUUUGACUCCACCCAGCUCCCCAGGUCCAGAUUCUAAUUCUCCAGAUAUUACUUGCCACAUUCCGCGGGAUCAUUUGAAGAUGGAGAAUCAUGAGAGGUGUAAAAGACCAUUUAAUAAGACUGUGGACGAUUCUGAGAGGAAAGAAGCUGUGAGAUAUCUUAGCAAGAACGUGCAUGGUUCGAGGAGAUCAAAACUCCUUGGUGCCAUGGCUGGGCCUUCCCAGGAAAGUUAUUCUAUCAAAAAGAGGAAGAAAUUGGGUUCUCAACCGUGUAAGAAAUCCAUACCUCCUGGUGACCGUAAGAAAUCAAAUCAUGGUUCUGUCAUGUGUGCUUCAAGAUAACACUCCUUAGGCACUUGUCAGGGUAACUCGCGUCUUUUGGAAGCAGAGCUUUUGCCAAGUUCUGGUUAAAAUUUGCCUUCAUUUGGUGCAAUCUUGUCAAUAAAUACAGGUAAAAAUGUAUAGCUUGAGGCUUUGUGCUAGUUUAAUUCAUAUUCCUGAGUUUAUACACCAAGGGAGUUUUGCAAUACAAAUCGACGUAGGAUAAUUGAUGCUUGA